UUGCGUAAAAUCAGUUCCUGGUCCAACAGCUUGUGCCUCCUCUUACUGCAGGUCACCGAUCGGUGGUGUCAGAUAUGCUUGGCUGGAGUCGGUCCUCUGCGUGUGAUCUGUGGGGUUUGAGAAAUGAAGGCGCUAACUUUGGGACAGAUGAAGACGGCCUCAGGAGAGCCGCAGCAGCAGCAGGCCUCAUGUGGCAGAAGUCUGACCUCCAACUACUGUCCUCCAAGUUUGGAGAAUAAGAUUUUAGGCCAGGCCUCAACGAUGAAUCCCCAGUCUUGGUCCUCGCUCCUUCCAUCACAACCUGCGUUCCUUCCUUCUCUUCAGCCAACUAGCCUGUCGUCCACCUCCUCCGUUCUUCUCUCCACCUCCUUCUCCACGGAUUCACCUCUCCUCAGCACCCACAACAAGCUCCUAACACAUUCUCCUAGUCUGGCUUCUUCCUUGUCCUCCACUGUCGCCUCUUCCUCUUUGGUCUCCUCGUCGCUGACCGGGGACCCUCUGUGCAAUCGCUUCGCUGAUCCUCCUUCGUUCCUGACGCGUGAUCUGAGCGGAGAAAAGAGGUGGGAUGAAGAUGAAGAGGAAAUAUCAGAGGAGAUGCAGUCGUCGUUUGAAGAAACGAGCAACGGGCAGCCAGAUGACGAUCACAUGUUUUCUGAGGAGGAAAGCGCUGACGGGGAGGCUGAGACCGCCGCAGAGCUACCAGUCCCAGAAAUGGAGAUCAGCGGCCAGGAACGGGACGACUCUGUGGCCGUCAGACAGGAAGAGUUUGCAGAGCUUGACAGAGGAAACCAAAGUGCUGCAGAAGAGAUGAAAAAUAAAAAGUACCGCCUGCUGAACGCCGUCUGCUGCUCGCUGGUCAAUAAGAGCAAAGCUCCAGGCCAGCAGGGCUGGGACGCACAGGACAGCGUCUGGACCACCAUCACCGGACUGGCCGCGGACAUUUCCGAUGCUGACCCGGAGUUUCUUCUUAAGGUUGCAGUUUACUCCAGACAGGAGUUAAACAUCAGGAUCACCACGAACUUCUUACUGGCUCUGGCCGCCAGUCUGGCCCCCGCCAAGCCUCACGUCCGCAGAUAUUUCUGCGCCGCCGUGCAGCUUCCCUCCGACUGGCUGGAAAUGGUCAGGAUCUACUCGACGUGUUUCGGCCGCUGUCUGCCGACGUGCCUGAAGAAGGCGCUGGUCGACAAGUUCAAGCAGUUCAGCGAGUACCAGCUGGCCAAGUACAACACGCGCAAACACCGCUGCAAGCACAGCCGGAAGAAGGCAAAGGGAAAGAAACCAGCUCCUGCAGACCUGAAGCACUGGGCCAAGCUUCUCAACUCUGAUGCAGAUCGCCUGAAGAACUUUUUCCAGAUGGAGGGCGGCAGGGUGGUGGUGGAUAAAAAACAGAGCGAGUUCAGCCUGAAGAAGUUGAUCAAGAAGCUUCACAUUAAAGAACCCGCUGAAUUUGUCAUGGCCAUUCUGGGAAGAAAGUAUCCCAGCGAGGUGAAGGCGUUCACACGCAGUGGAAUAAAGGGCGUCUGGGACCCGGACAGAGCCGGGAAGCGGAUGAAGCUGAAAGAGCCUCAGACGUGGGAACGGCUGCUCAGUCUGGAGGGCAACAAGGCCGCCACCUGGGAGAAGCUCAUAGACAGCAGAUCUCUUCCCUUCAUGGCCAUGCUGAGGAACCUGAGGAACAUGAUCACCAAAGGAAUCAGUGAGGCGCAUCACAAAAAGAUCCUCAGCAGGCUGACCAAUCAGAAAGCGGUCGUUCAGAGCCGACAGUUUCCCUUCAGGUUCCUCGCUGCUUACAAAGUCAUCAUGGAGCUCCGCGCUUUAGUUACAGCCUCCCAGAAAGCGAUGCCGACUGCCAAAGAAAUCCUGGUGAGCAUCCUGAAGAAGAUUCCCAAGGGCAGGCGCUCCAAGGGCCCCGAGUGGCAGACGUGUACGAAGAGGAGGAUGAAGGUGACGCUAGGCGUGCCGUUCAUCUAUCGGCUGUACAAAAACAAGAAGGCGCAGCUACUGAAGGCCAGUCAGCGGCUCUACAGCCUGGAUCUGGUGGACCGCUACCGCAAGGCUCUGGAGACGGCCGUCCAGAUCUCCUGCCGCUACAACGUGCCCCCUCUGCCCGGCAACACCGUCAUCGUGCUCUCCACCAACAUGUGGAACGACGAGUCCUUCAGCAGGAAGCAGGACUUCUGCUUCCCCCACGACCCGGAGGAAACGGACAACGAGGAGGACAAGGAAGAGGAGGAGGGCACCCGCAGGCGUCGGAGAAAAGAGAAAGAGCACGACCCUCUCACCCCGACUAUUACUGAGGCGGCGACGUUGCUGGCGCUGAUGAUCAAGAGCGCGUCAGAGGACUGCCGUCUCUGCCUGGUGUACGGCAGCAACGUCAGGGAGGUCGAGCUGACUUCUGACGUCUUUUUGGAAAACGUCAGGAGGAUCAUGAAGGAGAUAAAGGAAUCUGAAAAACAACCUGGAGAACAGGAUGAAAGUUUUUACUACAAGCUGUUUUCCAAGAAAAGCAAGGUGAAUAACAUCAUCACGAUCACACUCUCGUGGCUGGACAGCGACAUGGAAUGGGCCAUCAAGAACUACAAAAGGGAAAAUAAAAACGUUCUCUCGGUUCAUAUCUUCUUAUCAGACGGCUCUACUGGACUCUCUCUACUGGACCCUAACGACAGGAACUGUGUGAUGCUGUGUGGCUUCAGUGAGCAACUCCUCAGAUUUGUGGCAGAGCGAGGAUCCUCCAGGCUGCUGGAUCACGUGGAGCAUUUAGACAAACUCUACAACAUCCCACCACCGGACGCAUCCAGCAAACCGCAGGCUGCAGACCAAGUCGUCUCGGUGCCGGCUGCCCCGAAGCUGAGGUGGCGAGGCGUGCGGGUGUUCGUCUCCUCCACCUUCAGAGACAUGCACGCCGAACGGGACGUCCUGGUGCGCUGCGUCUUCCCGGAGCUCCGCCGCCGCGCCGCCCCCCACCGCCUCCACCUGCAGGAGGUGGAGCUGCGCUGGGGCGUGACGGAGGAGGAGUCGGAGCGCGCCGCGGGGCUGUGUCUGUCGGAGGUGUGCCGCAGCCAGAUGCUGGUGGGGAUCCUGGGGGAGCGGUACGGCCAGGUGCCGCCCAGACCCGUCCUCCCCGACCUGCCGCAGUACAGCUGGCUGGCCUCUGCUCCAGCGGGCCUCUCCAUCACAGAGAUGGAGAUCCGUCAGUUCCAGGCUCUGUACCCCGGCACGGCGCCUCAGCGAAUGCUCUGCUACUUCAGAGAUCCCGACAUCAUUCUGUCAGUCCCUGUGGCUUGGAGAUCAGAUUUUGCGGCUGAAUCCAAGGAGGCCGAGGAAAGAAUGACGUCUCUGAAGAGAAAACUGUUGGAUGACGGAGUCAAAGUCACGGAAAAUUACUCGUGUACGUGGGGCGGCGUUGUGGAGGGGAAGCCAUACCUGACCAAGCUGGAGGACUUUGGGAAAGCUGUGCUGGAAGACCUUUGGGUGGCCGUUAAGAAGCUGUUUGUGGAAGAGGAAGAGGAGACGGAGACUGCGUCGGAGGUUUCUGUGCAGGACGUUCACCAGGGGGCGCUGCAGAAGCAGUUUUUCGGCAGAGCGAAGCUGCUGUCCAGCGCCGUGAACCUGGUGGCGCAGGUUAAAACCCGGGGAGGAAUGGUGCUGAUAGAAGGCGCACCUGGAGAGGGAAAAACUGUCUUCAUGGCUGCCCUGGCAGACGCCAUCCGAAGCGGACGGAAAUCCAACCCAGACCUCCGCUGUGACGUCAUCUCGUACUCCACAGCCGCCAGUCAGUCGGCGCGCUCCGUGGAGAAUCUCCUGCGAUGCCUCGCGCAGUGGCUGAGGAAGAUCAGACGCACAAAUACAGAGUCGCCUCUUCCUCUCGUCUAUAGGGACUUGCUGUCAGAGUUUCACUCCGCUCUGAGUGAGGUGAACACGAAAAGACCUCUGGUGCUGCUGGUUGAUGGAGUGGAUCUUAUCCAGGAUGGAAGAGGACAGUUCAGCUCUGACUGGAUCCCACAGCUGCUUCCACAAGGUGUCUGUUUAGUCCUGAGCGUCACGUCCAAUGCUCCUCUGCUGCAAACUCUGGCCAAAAAAAGAGGCGCGGUCCUGUUUUCCCUGGGGCAGCUCAGCCUGCCGGACAAGAAGGAGAUCGUUCAGAAGGAGCUGGAUGUUUUUGGGAAGAAGCUCAGUGACUCCGCCUUCAACAACCAGCUCCAGACUUUAAUAACAAAGAAGGGAGCGGUGAGUCCUCUGUAUCUGCACCUGGCCUGUGAAGACCUGAGGAACUUUGCCUCCUUUGAAAAGUUGAAGGAAACGCUGCAGGGUUUGCCUCAGUCUCUGGCCCUGCUGGUGCAGCACAGCCUGGAGAGACUCUGCAUCCAUUACAGAGACGUCCCAGGACUCCGUCUGACCCUCGCCGCCCUCACCGUCAGCGCUGCUGGUUUGAAGGAGAGAGACCUUUACUCUCUGCUGAGCACCUGUAAUGACCUGGCCUCUGGGGACGGGCAGGUCACAUGGGAGGAAGUGCUGCAGCGGUCCAGGAAGCCGAAAGGACGGAUUCCCAUGGCGGUUUUCACCCGUAUUGUGCAGAAUUUACAAAGUCUGACUGGUGCGUCUCACUGCCAAUACACCAACGACAUGCUGGCCCUGAACAACCCGGAGGUGAAGACGGGCUUCGAGGGCUUCUUCCUCCCGACGGGAGCUGACAGAAGCAGAGCUCACCUGGUCCUGGCAGGUCAUCUGUGGGCGACGGCUGACCCUGAGGGAAAAGAUACGUUCCUUCACUCUGAGGCCGACUCGGUCAUGCAUCUGCCCUCGAGCCUGAUUCAAAGUGGACAGCUGAGGGUUCUUCACUCCCUGCUCUCCAACUAUCACUUCCUGCGUGCCAAUGUGAGCCACGGCCUCCUCCACCACCUCCUAGAGACUUACGACUUGUAUGAUAAAGAGUCUUCAACUUCAGUUGACCUGGAUGGACGUCUGGACGACUGUCGCGGUUUCCUGAAGCGCCACACCUCCACGCUCUCCCCGUGGCCGGCGCUGUUCAUCCAGCAGGCGCUCAACGAGCCUCCAGAAACCUCAGCUCACAUCUGGGCUGCAGGCCUGGUGGGGAAAGGAGGACUCCGCGUUGUCGAGUGUCUGAAUAGCAGCACAGACGGCGCUCAGGAAAUGAGUGAGCUGCUGUCAACCUUCUCCUCCGAGCCAACCUGUGUGGUUGUGAGUCCGGACAGGCAGCUGAUAGUGGUGGCUACCGGACAGGGAACGCUGCACAUUGUCCACAUGCAGACUGGGCAGGAGGUGAAGUCGCUGGUGAGCAGCUGUGACGGCAUCUCCAGCUGUGUCUUCCUAAACGAUGCCCGGCUCGUCUCCACCUCCUUCGAUGGAAGAAUAGAGGUGUGGGACAUCCAGAGCGGCUGCAGGACGACUCUGAUUGAGGGCCACACUAAUACGAUAACAGCGAGCGCCAUCACCCCAGACAGGAAGCACCUCGCUACCGUCUCCCUCGAUUUCACACUUAAAGUGUGGUCUUCUGCUAAAGCUAACGAGGUCGCCUCUCUGCCCAGCACCAGCCCUCUGAACUGUGCGACCUUCGACCCAGAGGGUCACCUGCUGGCGGCGGGAUGCUGGAACGGAAACAUUGUGGUGUGGAACUGGCUGCAGAAUAAAAUACAAACUUCCCUGUGUGGGCACCGGCGAUCGGUGCGCAGCCUCUGCUUCUCGCCUUCAUCCUCCAUGCUUUGCUCCGGCUCCAUGUCCGGGGAGGUGAGGGUGUGGUCGGUGUCCACCUCCACCUGUGUGGGAUGUUUCCAGGCUCACUGCGGAGCCACCGAGACUCUGGCCUUCCUAGAGGAAGGGUCCAUGCUGCUGAGCGCCGGCUCCGAUCACACGCUCCAGCUUUGGUCAGGAGGACUUGGGCGUUCAGUUGCUGCUUUAAAAAGUGAUGAACCUCCUCGGAAGAAGGCGAAAUAUGAAACACCUGAGUCGGCGGCUCUCUGCGUUGCAGUAAAUGGAGACUAUGCUGCUGUGGGGUACCACGGAGACGGCAUAAAACUCUUCAGGGUCGAUUCAGGGGAAAAGGUUUGGGUUUCCACAGAUCUCAGUGUGUCCGUACGCUGCCUGCUGUGGGUUCACGUGGACCCAGAGCAGAGCAAGCCGGAGCUGCUGGUUUCUGGAGGAAGCGACAAACGCUUGAGGCUGUGGAGGACAAACGAAGGAGUGGAGGGGAUGCUUGAAGGCCUGAUUCACCUGAGAACGUUUGGGGAGCAAACGAACGACAUCCUGGCUAUGGCACAAAACUCCACCGUUCUGGCUACAGCGUCAGAUGAUUUCACCAUUGCAUUGUGGCAGCUGAAGUUUCUGACCCAAGACUCAAAAAAAGCAAAGAUUGUGUUGAGAGGACACCAAGGAGGAGUCGCCUGCGUGGCUUUCAGUCCUGACGGUGCACGGCUCCUUUCAGGCGGAAAAGAUAAGGCUUUAAUGGUGUGGAAUGCCAACCCCUUUCAAGGAAAUCUGCUUAAAUCCUUCCCUAACGCUCACCGAGACUGGAUCACCGGCUGUGCCUGGACACCUGAUUGUGCUAUAAGCUCAUCAAAUGAUGGCAGACUUUGUUUUUGGGACCUGGAAGCAGGUUUGUGUUUCAGAGAAAUCUCCUGGAGGAACCCACUUACCUCCGUCUGCUGCAUGGGACAACAUGUAAUCGCCGGCUGUUCAGAGGGGGAACUUCAUGUUUGGGAGUGGGAGAAAACAACUGAAAUCUGCCACAUAUCUGCCCACAAGCAACGUAUAAACCACUGCGCUCUCCUCCCAAACACUGACAAGGAGAAGGAAACAAAUCCCGGAGAGCUGUCUGUUUUCACAGCAUCUGACGAUGGCACUGUGCAGCUCUGGAAACCUUUGCAGGUUGAGCACUUCAACACCUUCCUGGGUCACAGCGGCGCUGUUCAUGGAGUCGCUCCAAAAGGAGAAGUCCCAGAGUUCCUCACUGUGUCAGAAGAUGGUUCGCUGAGAUGCUGGACCUGGAAAACGGAAACUUCUUCAAGCCUUAACGGCCCCAUCUCAGUUCUAUGCCUCUCUGAGAGUGAUGACUUGCUGCUUGUUGGUUAUGAGUCGGGUUUACUGGAGCUACGGCGGCAUAACUCGGUGGUUGACCGUAAGCAGGCAUCAGAUGCCCCGAUCACUGCCGCCUGUUGGAUGCCUGACAACCAGUUCGCCGUCACCUACAUGAGCACCAUGGUUGUUGACAUCUGGAAGCUGGUGUGCAACCAACAACGCAGCAAAGAGAGCCUGGUGAAGGUGAAGAGCUACAAAGUGAGAGCCCCGAUUGGACUCCUGUUUCACUGCUCGCUCCUGGUCUGUUCCACCGGUGCGGGACUGCUGUGUGACGUGGCCAAAGAUGACGAGAACAAUUGGCAGCAUACAAACUCAAACUGGAAUCAGAGAUACAAUAUUUUGAGCGUGGUUCGCAACGAUGACAAAAGUGUGUGGCUGACUGGCGAAGGCAGUGGAGAAGUUUGUCUUGGCUUUUUGUUCGGCAUGGGCCCCACAACUUCCCUAAACUCGUGUUUUAGCUCAGUUACCAUGAAGUUCAGCGACAAUGAGGAGGAGGAGGAGGAGGAGGAGGAGAAGAAGAGAAGCCGGGUAACAGCCAUGACUGUGGAUCGAGAGUUUGUGGUGUGUGGAGAUGAAGAAGGCAACAUGUGGUUCAAUCAGCAUCCCGACAUUUCAUCAUGGAGCGAAAGAAAACCCGCCCAUCUCGACAGGAUCAGUGCACUGAGACUCACCGACAGCAGCAUAAUCUCAGCCUCCUACGACCGGACACUGAAGCUGUGGGACAGAAACACUAAAAAACAGGUGGGAAUGUUUGUGUGUGGCGGCCCUGUUCUGUUUCUGGAGGUGAACCCAAGAAGACCCAGCGAGCUGGUCUGUGCUGACGGACAGGGGAAGCUGUACUUCCUCUCCUGGAAAGAUUCUCCCUCCUAAUAAAUCAGAUACAGAAACCAGAUAUUAGGGAUAGUUGACCAGUCUGUGUCACAAAGAUUUAUUACUUUUGUCUUUACAAAGUGCAAUACUUGACUAAAAAACUUAAAUACUUUAUUAGAGAAAACAUAUAUUACUAAAGACUGUUGCACACUAAGAAGUAUAACUUUUUUUUUCAUGUUUACAUAUUUUAUUUAGUUGUUGGGAACUUGCUGUCUCAGAUUUCUUUUUCUUUUUUUCAUUUUUGACAAGUUUAAUUGGUUGCAAUUAAUAAAAGAAUAUGAAUUAAAAAA